AUGGGAAUGGAAAGACGAUUCCCAGCUAAUGCCGAGCUGAAAGCGAUGUACGCCGAGUUCAUUCGCGAAUACCUCGAGCUAGGGCACAUGAAGGAAGUGGAAGGCGAUGCUGAAGAAGUCAGGAGGUACUUUCUGCCGCACCACGCAGUUCUGAAACCGGACAGCACGACCACAAAACUGCGAGUGGUUUUUGAUGCUUCGUGCCAGACGUCAACCGGUGUUUCCUUGAACGAUGCGUUGAUGGUUGGUCCCGUCGUGCAGGACGACCUAUCCAGCAUCUGUCUACGGUUCCGAACACACCGCAUAGCCGUGAACGCCGACAUUGCCAAGAUGUACCGUAUGAUCCGAGUCCAGCCCCAAGAUUACCUGUUGCAGAGCAUCAAGUGGCGGAACGAUCCAAGUGAACCGCUUCGAACGUACGAGUUGACUACUGUCACGUACGGCACCUCGUCCGUUCCAUACCUGGCUACAAAAUGCCUACAGCGUCUCGCUGAAGACGGAAAAGCGUCACACCCCGUAGCGUCUGAAGUCAUCGAGAAAGACUUCUACGUGGACGACAUGCUCACAGGAGUUGACACAGUUGACGAAGGUCGGCAGCUGGUGACGGAAGUCAUCGAGCUGUCGAAUUCAGCGGGUUUCACGUUACGAAAAUGGAACUCCAACAGCGCGGAGCUUCUCGAAGUCGUCCCGGAGAACUUGCGAGAUAUACGUUCCAUCCUCGCACUAGAUUCCGCCGAAACAGCGAUAAAAACCCUCGGUUUAGCGUGGGAACCAGCUACAGAUGUCUUCCGUUUUACCUUCCCCUCGUUCAACUGGACUGCGAUGAUCACGAAGCGCAUUGUAGUCUCCGACGUUUCGCGCCUGUUCGAUCCGCUAGGUCUGGUCGGACCUGUCAUCAUUCAGGCCAAGAUUUUCAUCCAGGAGCUGUGGAAGCAGAGUUGCGGCUGGGAUGACCCUCUGAGUCCCGAGUUACAGGAGCAAUGGCAGGAGUACAGACGCAAUCUAGCUGGAUUGGAAAACCUAACCGUUCCCCGCUGGGUAGGAACCGGCGGUCAUGCUACUGCCAUCGAGCUACAUGGCUUCUGUGAUGCGUCAAACAAGGCGUACGGUGCUUGCUUCUACGUGCGAACCAUCUCCGAAACGGGGGAGGUGUGUGUGAGGUUGCUGACGGCGAAAUCACGAGUCGCCCCACUCGACAACCUGAAAAAGGGGAACAAGCGUCUCUCGACCCCACGGUUGGAGUUGUCGUCUGCGUUGCUGCUAGCCCACCUCUUCGAAAAGGUCGUGAGCAGCCUUGGCAUGCGUGCAAGGUGCUUCUUCUGGACGGACUCAACCAUCGUCAAGUGUUGGCUAUCGUCGUCGCCGUCAAGAUGGAAGCAGUUCGUCGCAAAUAGGGUUUCGGAGAUUCAGCACAUAACGAAGGACGGCGUCUGGAACCACGUUGCUGGACUGCAGAAUCCGGCGGAUAUUAUUUCCCGCGGAAUGGCUCCCGCACAGUUGCAGUACGAAUCGGUCUGGUUCAGUGGACCGUAUUGGCUGAGGCCGGACGAGUGCAACUGGCUAUCAACUCCACCGAUCAGCGAAGACGAUUUUGAUCCGGUAGAUCUCCAGGUCAAGGACGCCUCUGCAGUACUUCCAGUUAUCGAACCAAGCGAUGUCUUCAGCCUCCGAUCAUCGUUAAGCAACCUCCAGCGCCACACUGCCUGGAUAUUACGUUUCCGCUUCAAGUCGCAACCUGAGUUGGCAGACCUAACCAGUAGCAGAAGAGUUAGAGAUUCGUCGAAGUUCCCAGAUCUGAAGCCGCAACUCGAAGACGGGGUACUGUGUGUUGGCGGCCUGUUUCGACACGCGUCAAUCAAGAAUCGGCGCUCAGCCUAUCAGGAAGCUCUACGGUUCACACCGCAGUUGUGGAAAAACUGGUCCAAGCUGCACUUGUUGGACCUCCGCAAUCGAACGAAAAGUACUGUACGUCAGAACAACAUCGUGGUAAGGACCAUGGCGAUCCUAAAGGAUGAGAAACGACCGUUUCGGAAAUGGCAGCUCAGCCGGGUGACAGACGUUUACGCUGGCAAAGACGGGAAUGUACGGGUUGUAAUAGUUGAGACCAAGGACGGCAGCUACCGCAGAGCAAUUUCGAAGAUCUGCGUGCUGCCCAUCCGUAACAAUAUUGUAUCGGUGAACGGGGAGAACUAA